GGACUGCAACAAAUUAAAAAUUAACACGAGAAAUUAAAUGGGUGAGAAAAACGUUAGCAACAAUUCCAGACUCUCCUGUGUUUAGUUAGUUCAAAUACAGGUGUAGAAAUAACUGCACACUGGGUCUAUUUAUGCACGCAAAGUAGGCGAGAUAAAGACUGAUAAACAGAGCUACAGGUGCGCUAGCUCUCCGCCCGCCAUAUUUGUCCAUCAGUGUGACGUCUGUGGUUUCUGCUGAGCAGCCAAUCGUUUCAGUCUCGCGGUCGUCUCCCGCUCACCAUGACAACGACGGAUUUUUUGCAUCGUCAGAGGGCAGAGCGUUAGCUCAUUUUCUUAUGAUUAACAGAUGGAUAUUGUUUUAAAAUAGCGUAUCUUACAGUAGCAUUACGGACAUAUAUUUGAUGUAGGAAGGUUGUGUUUGCUGCGUGGACCCUCAUGUGUCGGAGACCAGCCGGAGGCAGCGGGAGACGCCGUUUAGCUGCGUGAACAACAUGGCUCUUCCUCAGCAUCCCCGGCUGCUGCUCGCCUGUGUUGUGCUGCUGGGUGCAGCCCGACGUAUCGACACUCGGUCCUCACCAAUAUCGGACUUAAAAUCCAAAAUAUCAGGGGUAGAAGAGCUGUUGGAGGAAUUCCACAAGCAGCUCCAGCAGGACCAGGCGUACAAGGUGGGCGAUGUGAUUGACUCUUGUGUGGGCGACUUCAACGCCGCCGGGGAGCGCAUCAUCCGGGCCAAGGCCUCCAUCGAGCAGGGGGCCACCUUCCUGUUGGCCCCGGACACGGUGUACACCUGGAAGGACUGCCUGCACGCCUGCUGCUCCCAGCCUCACUGCACCGUGGCGGUGGUCCAGGAGGACCCGAGGCAGCCCGGGGAGAGUCUCAGCUGCUACCUGUUCAACUGCACCUACAGGAACAGAAACGUCUGCUCCUUCGCACUGCAGCAGGGCUUCACCACAUACAGCCGGGCUACCAACACAACGCAGGGACACCUCCCUGUUUCACCGAGCGGCUCGGCCAGGAUGCCCGGGGAAGGACAACCUGAUGAGGACGAUCCACAAGAGGUGGAUGAGCCUCCUCGCAGUGACGCUGGACAGGAUGUGGUGAUCCAGUUGCCCACAGACUGGGCUGUCCUGGAUGGACGGGACAGUGUGGACGACCACAGGAUCAGCCACUAUGAAUGGACUCUCAUCAGGGGGGACACAGCCAUCAACAUGAAGGCGACUCAUCCGGGGCUGCUGAAGAUCAGCGGACUGCAGGAGGGCGUCUACACCUUUCAGAUGACUGUCACCGACACAGCUGGCCAGAAGAGCUCUGACAAUGUCUCUGUUACUGUGCUGGCUCCAAAACACCAAGCAGAAGUGUGUACAGGUCGCUGUUCAAACUACCAGUUCAAGUGUGAUGACGGCUGCUGUAUUGACAUCACUUACGCCUGUGAUGGGAAGCAACACUGUCCAGACCGCUCUGAUGAAGACUUCUGCCCGAACUUCGACAGCAGCAGGAAGUCAGUGGCUCAUCGACCUGUAGUCCAGACAGAGGAGGAUGGGGAUGCCUCCAUGCUCCACACUGGGCCCAGAAAGACCAUAGAGAACAUCAUGCCAGCUCAGGACAGGAGCAAGGCUGCCCCUCCACAAAGUCCCAGGCAACCGGAGGCUCCAGUCAGUCAAGAUCCAUGUGCUGCAGCUCCAGUUGUGGGACCCUGUAAAGGCACCUUCCCACGCUGGUACUAUGACCAAAAUGCAGGGGAAUGCAAACACUUCCUGUACGGCGGUUGCCAGGGCAACCAUAACAACUUCCUCCAGGAGUCUGACUGUGUCAGCGAAUGUAUACAAAAAAGUCCAGCUUUCAAACCAGCAUCUGCGGCUCCUCCGACCACCAAACAGACUGACAUAGCUGCUCCUAAAGUUUCUCAGAGCCAAGCAGAGAGCAACAGCCCCGUCUCCAAACCGUUUCCAGUAAUGGGAGGGCAUCCAGUACCAGAGUCUGGUGCAAUCCUUCCUCUGGCUCUCGGCCUCAUCAUCACAGCUCUGCUGCUGCUCAUGAUCGGCUGCCGUCUCAAACUUGUUCGUCACAAGCUGAAGAAAGCCCGGCCCCUCACCACAGAGGAGUCAGAUUACCUCAUCAACGGCAUGUACCUGUAGCCAAUCAGCCAGGGGAAGCAAAUAAAAGAUCUACGUAGAGCUCUGACGAAGAUAACCGUGGCUGUGAUCAUCAGAGCUCGAGACGGAACUUUUUCCAAUAGUCACCGUGAUUUCCCUCCAGCCCGGUGUCUAUAAUUUGUCCUCACUUCAGGUUGGACACACACACUGAACCCCGAUGAUAAAUCUGCUGCCUUCAAAGCCAAUGACCUAUUCAGAUGCUUGUGAAUUCACGUCAUCCCAAGAGAAUCUGAAAUUCCUAGUUGGAUACUGAUAUACAGCUGUCAGCAGAGUUACCCAAAAAAAAAAAGAAAAAUUCCCAAAAUGCUGGCUUUCACAUCAAACAUGUUUAUUUUCACCCAUGACGGUUUUCCCUGACGAGGGCUGCGCAAAAUUAGGCUUUGUUUCUGCCACUGGGUGACACUGAUUUGCCAUAUUUAUGCUGUACAUUUUACCUACAUUAGAGAGGGCACUUUUUUGACGGAUUAGGAAUCGACAACAGCUUAUUCCUGAAGUUCCUCAGAAUCAUAUAAAGCCAUAGCAAAUUGUAUUGUUCAGAUUCUAUUCCUAAUGUUUGUAUGUUUGUUGCAUAUUUUUCUUUACCAAGCAAACUUACAUGGAGUAUGUGCUGUAUUUGCGCAGAUGUAUUCCCUCCAAGUGCUGUCUUUCAUGUGAGAUAUUAAAGUUUAUUACACAUCAGAAAA